AUGACGAGGCAAGAAUCGCAGCUUUUUGCACGAACGGGUUAUGCGUUCGAGUCCCGCGAGUUCCUUCGUGUCCUAGUGUUGGGUAAAGAAGUUACCUUCACGUCAACUUUUUCUCUUCCAACCACGGACAAUACACCUCGUGACAUCGGAAUCGCCCAGAUCAACGGCAUAAAUCUUGCUGAACAUAUAUUAGCUGAAGGAUGGGCCAAGGUUAAAGAGGGAAAAAGGGAUGAAUCGGACGCUGAUAAAGCCCUCAAGGAGCUGGAAUCUAGAGCACGGGCUGCCGGAAAAGCUCAGGGCGUGUGGAACUCAUACGUCCGAAAAGGUCGUCGUACGGUUUAUCACACAAUGCCCGCAGACACUCAACAAUUCGUCAGUGAAUGGAAAGGAAAAACCCUUGACGCGCUGGUUGAGUCUGUUCGUGAUGGGAGCACUGUACGAGUCAGGCUUAUGCUGCCUGAUGUUCACCAGAUUGUCAAUUUGACAUUGGCUGGCGUUCGUAGCCCAAGAGCUGGUGGCAGAGAAGGAGAGCCAGCCGAACCAUGGGGCGAAGAAGCUAAAUUCUUUACGGAGUCCAGGAUAGGACAGAGAAUCGUCCAAGUCCAGCUUCUUGCUUUGCCUAGUCCAACCGGGAUACCAUUCCAGACGUUAGCCAGUGCCGCGCCUACGCCUGCAAGUUCAAUAAUUGGAUUGGUCCUGCACCCUGCCGGUAAUAUUGCUGAGCAUUUGGUCGCAGCGGGCUUGGCUCGUAUCGUCGAUUGGCAUGCCGGGAUGCUUUCCCCGACUGGUGGAAUGGAGAAACUUCGCGCGGCUGAGCGUGCUGCGAAAGAGAGGAGAUCUGGUAUCUACACCUCACUUCCACAAAAUCCGUCCACACAGGGAGCAACGAAUGGGUCACUCCAGCUCAAGGGCAAAGCCGCAUUUGAUGCAGAGGUGAUCCGUAUCUGGAGCGGUGAUCAAAUAUCUGUUGUUGAGAACGAUACGACAAAUGAGCAUCGCUUACAACUGAGCUCCCUCAGGGCGCCGAAAGGCGAAAACGCAGCUUAUACUUCAGAGGCGAAGGAGGUAUUCCUAAGGAAGAGACUCAUAGGCGAAAAUGUGCGCGUCAAGGUGGACUUCGUUCGGCCUGCUGAAGGGGACUACGAGGAACGAGAAUGUGCUACUGUUCACUAUGGGGGUGCGACUACCAACAUCGCGGAGGAACUGAUCAAAGCAGGGCUGGCGACAGCCUUGCGACACAAGAGAGAUGACGAGAACAGAUCAUCGGAUUAUGAUAAAUACAUGGCGGCUGAGCAGGUGGCGAUCGCCGAGUCUCGAGGAAUGCAUUCUGCGAAACCAAUCACGUUGCCCCGGAUAGGCAAUGCUUCUGAGUCUGCCGCCAAGGCAACGCAAUUCUUAUAUUCAUUUAAACGGGCCGGUCGUUUGUCCGCCCAGGUGUUAAAUGUGAACGCCGGCAGUCGUUUCAAGCUGUUAAUUCCAAAAGAGAAUCAGACAUUGACCUUUGCAUUGGCAGGAAUUCGAACGCCGCGUCCACCGAGGGUUGCAUUCGGCGAAAAAGGGCCCGAGAAGGACAAAAUACUGGAGAAAGGCGAACCCUGGGGCCAAGAAGCCUUGAACUUUGCAAUCCGAAAGUUUAUGCAGCGCGAUGUGGAGGUCGAAUUUGACACCGCUGACAAGGGGGAGGUUUCAUUGGGACGAUCGAUCGAGCUUGUCAAGAACGGUUUCGCUGAUGUGCUUGCUCAUUCCGCUAAUGCACUAUCGUGGUCCAGGCAAUUGCUCGAUGCAGAGGCACAAGCUAAGGCUGCUCGGUUGAACAUAUGGCUGAAUUACGAGGACGAGGAGUCAGGGCCCGCUAGAGAAGGGGACGUGGCUCCUGAACUGAAGUACUUUGACGUCAUGAUAUCGGAUGUCAGACAUUCAGCAGAUUUCUCCUUCUCGAUUCAACGACUCGACAGCGACGACAUCGCAUCAUUAGAGCGUCUCAUGCAGGAGUUCUCGCUUCAUCACCGCACGGCCUCCUCGGUACCUGGUUUUACGCCUCGUCGUGAUGAGUUGAUUUCGGCGCGAUUCAGCGGCGACGGCAAUUGGUAUCGUGCGAGGACUCGACGCGUUUCACCAGCCACUCAGGAAGCUGAAGUAACGUUUAUUCAGCCCCUCUUUCUUGAUGACUUGCGAGCUCAGGCUGACGCGUAUCCCAGCAUCCGACCGUUGGACGAUAAAUUCCGGUCUUUGCCUGGUCACUUCGUGAAAAUAGUUGGCCCAGAGAGCGAGUACCAUGAGGAAGCGGUUAACAACUUCCAGGCCUCAUGCGCUGGGAGGAAGCUCAUCGCCAAUGUUGACUACAAAGAUGGCGGAAUUCCAUACCUUCGCUUGAUUGAUCCCAAUGACCCCGCGGCAGCUGCAGACCCUAAUGCCAGCAUUAACGUGGACUUGGUGCGGGAUGGCCUUGCUACCAUCGACCGGAGGAACAAGUACGCCUCGUUAUACACCUCGCUUAUGGCCAAAUUGCGGGAGGCGUCUGAUGUUGCGAAGCGGGAGCGUGCUGGCAUAUAUGAAUUUGGUGAUGUGUCACCAGACGACUAG